AUGCUGCUGCGCUCGACGCGGGGGCUGCCGCCGCCGCUGCUGCUCCUGCUCCUGGGGCCGCUCGGUCCCUUCUCCCCCGGCGCCCUGGCGGGACCUGCGCCGGCCGAGGACGCCGUGGAGCUGGACUUCUCCACCGAGCGGCCGCUGCACCUGGUGAGUCCCGCGUUCCUGUCCUUCACCAUCGACGCCAACCUGGCUACAAACCCGCGGUUCCUCACCUUCCUGGGUUCUCCAAAGCUUCGUACUUUGGCCAGAGGUUUGUCCCCUGCGUACUUGAGGUUUGGCGGCACCAAGACAGACUUCCUAAUUUUUGAUCCCAAGAUGGAACCAACCUUUGAAGAGAGAAGUUACUGGCAAUCUCAAGUCAACCAGGAUAUUUGCAAAUCUGGAUCCAUCUCUUCUGAUGUAUAUAAAAGGUUACAGCUGGAAUGGCCCUUCCAGGAGCAAUUGCUGCUCAGAGAACAAUACCAGAAAAAGUUCAAGAACAGCACCUACUCAAGAAGCUCAGUGGAUAUACUGUACACUUUUGCAAAUUGCUCAGGACUGGACCUGAUCUUUGGUCUAAAUGCAUUACUAAGAACAGCAGAUUUGCAGUGGAACAGUUCUAAUGCUCACUUGCUCCUGGACUACUGUUCUUCCAAGGGUUAUAACAUUUCUUGGGAACUAGGCAAUGAACCUAACAGCUUCCGGAAGAAGGCUGGUGUUUUCAUUGAUGGACUGCAGUUAGGAGAAGAUUUUAUUGAGUUGCAUAAAAUUCUAGGAAAGUCCACUUUCAAAAAUUCAAAACUUUAUGGUCCUGAUGUUGGUCAGCCUCGAGGAAAGACUGUUGAGAUGCUGAGGAGUUUCCUGCAGGCUGGUGGAGAAGUGAUUGAUUCAGUUACAUGGCAUCACUACUAUUUGAAUGGACGAAUUGCUACCAAAGAAGAUUUUCUAAACCCUGAUGUACUGGACACUUUUAUUUUAUCUGUGCAAAAAGUUUUCCAGGUGGUCGAGGAGACCAGACCCAGCAAGAAGGUCUGGUUAGGAGAGACAAGCUCUGCGUAUGGGGGAGGAGCACCCUUGCUGUCCAACACUUUUGUAGCUGGCUUUAUGUGGCUGGAUAAAUUGGGUCUGUCAGCCCAAAUGGGCAUAGAAGUGGUGAUGAGACAGGCGUUCUUCGGAGCUGGAAACUACCAGUUAGUGGAUGGAAACUUUGAGCCUUUACCUGAUUAUUGGCUAUCUCUUCUGUUCAAGAAACUGGUUGGCACCAAAGUAUUGAUGGCAAGUGUGAGAGACCCAGACCAAAGCAAACUUCGAGUAUACCUUCACUGCACAAACAUCAACCAUCCAAGGUAUAAAGAAGGAGAUUUAACUCUGUAUGCCUUAAACCUCCAUAACGUUACCAAGCGGUUGCAGUUACCAUAUCAUUUAUUUAACAAACAAGUGGAUAAAUACCUUGUAAAACCUUCGGGACCUGAUGGAUUACUUUCCAAAUCUGUCCAACUCAAUGGUCAAACUCUGAAAAUGGUGGAUGAUCAAACUCUGCCAGCUUUGAUGGAAAAACCUCUCCGCCCAGGAAGUUCACUGGGCUUGCCACCUUUCACGUAUGGGUUUUUUGUGAUAAGAAAUGCCAAAGUUGUUGCUUGCAUCUGAAAAUGAAAGUCAUACCCCAGCCCUGAGCCUGAAUUUUUCAAGCAUAUUGAUAAGAGUAAAGCUAAAUUCAGGCUAUAGGAAGGCAAGCAGCUAUGUCACAAAUCUAACGGGAGCUUCAGAGACAU